UGCGGACUUGGAAAUAACAGCAGUCGACAGGGCACGCGCAGCAAUCAACAUGAGGGAUAGCAACGCCCGCACUUACGUAGAGAAUCUCAAGAAGCAGUGGGGGAAUGGAGUUUCCACACUUUGCCUUGUUUACAAUGCUACCGGCAACACCAUCAACUAUGUUCGUGAUCAUAAUUUCCAUGGGCACAUUGGACCAGCCCCUUACCCUGUCAAAAUUGAAAAUGGCCAAUGGGGUGCCUUUUUGCACGUCAAAACCUCCGGUGCCGCAGCCGGAUCUGAGGCAGCUGUUGUAUAUCGAGGCAGCAAUGGACAAGGCACCGACUGUGACUUAAUGAUGGCUUGGUGCAACCCAUGGCGUAGACAACGUUUUGAUAACUCGGUCUGGGUUAAGACCCGUGAAGUUGACCACUUCGCUCGGUACACUCCGGCAAAAUGGCAGUCGUUAUAUAAAAAGUUAGACGUGACUCGGUACCACCACAGCGACUCAUGGAAGGGACGCUUGUCAAUUAUAUCAACCGGGAGCGACACUUCCCCUAUAAUGGAAACUAUAUUCACUUUAGAAGCUGCAAAUGCCUGAAGUAUCCUGAUGAUCAUCGAAGUAAGGCGAGCUAGGGCUAUUGGUGGUGGCUGUUGAUUGA